UUGUUUAAACUUUUACUUCAUACUGUCCAGUCACAGUGUCAACCGUAGAAUAUAUUUUAUCAGCAAAUUUAGACGCAAUAAAAAUGUAUAGUUUAUUUGCCUUAUUGUUUUUGUCAUCAGUGUACGCUCGGCUUGAGGUUGAAGGACCUUGCAAUUUAACCAGCAUCACAUAUCAAAAACAAUUCAGUAAUUCACUUACAGGUACCUGGUAUCAAGUACAGAGAAUACCAAAUGACAUCGAAACUGGUGAAUGUUCACAAAGCCUUCUCAGAGUUUCGAUGGAAAUCAUCAUGGAUGACAACACGACAACGGUGCAGUCGAGCUAUAAAUACGACUCCGAGGUGGUGAACCAGAAACUCGUACUACGAAAUGGCACCAUCACAGCCAAUCAGACUGAACCGGGACUUUUGAAAAUUUCGUACGACGAUGUUUCGCAAGAUUAUGUGGUUCUGGGUGCCGACAGCAAAGACUACCUCGUACUGUACAGCUGUAAAAACAGUGGGAGCCGAUCUAUUAUAAGCGCGUGGAAGUUUGGGCGGAACACCACAUACUCAGAAGCAACCACCAACCUCACCAGGACACUGUCUGACAACGCUAACAUCAACGACACGCACUGGAAAACUGUCUUGCACACCGAAGCAGCGUGCAAAGUCAAAAAUGGCGCCGCCAUGUUGCAGAUUUCGCCUUUCAUAAUAAUGAUAAUUGCUGUAUUAGCUAUAAGUAAAGAAAUAUAAAAUUAAUAAAUUAUUAAAAAUCUGAAAGACU